GUGAAGACCAUCAUUCAACUUAAGCACGUGCUUUUCUCGGACUAGCGCAGAGUGAUUCUUACAUAAUAUUCCAUGGCCUUUGAAAUGGCUAGAAUGGGGCCCACUCGCCGGAGCUCCGACGAGUUUGUCCAAUCUUCCGAUGAAGAAGCAAGUUUUGCAGACAUGGUUUUUGGGUUUAUGGAAGAAGGUCAGAAUUUAUCAGGAAAUUCAUCCAACUCUGACAACUAUGAUGAUGAAGAUGAUGAAAAUUCUUACAAUUUUGAAGAGAAUAAGGCUUUCUGGAAAGAACAAGAACAAACCCUCCAGGGAACAUUGUAUAGGACUAGUUCAAUUGAGACCAAAAUCCGGCAAGCUACAAAAGAGGCACUAAGGGAAUUUUGUGCGGCAGAUAAUCAAUGUUUGUGUUCAAGACCGGUGGCCAAAGGUUGCCGGAAUUGCCUAAAAAGGGAAGUAUGUAACCGGCUUAUAAAUGUUGGCUACAAUUGUGCCCUUUGCAAGUCCAAGUGGAAGAGCUCACCAGAUAUCCCAUCAGGGGAGCACACUUAUUUGGAAGUUUUGGACAACUCAAAUCCUAAGAAAGGAGUUGUGAGAGUGGUAAUAGAGUUAAAUUUUCGAGCAGAGUUUGAGAUGGCAAGAGCUAGUGAAGAGUACAACCAAUUAAUUAGCCGGCUACCGGAAGUAUUCAUUGGGAAAUCAGAAAGAUUAGGAGCCCUAAUUAAGAUUUUGUGCUCGGCUGCCAAAAAAUGCAUGAAGGAGAAGAAAAUGCACUUGGGGCCAUGGAGGAAGCACAAAUACAUGCAAGCUAAGUGGCUUGGUACAUGUGAGAGAAUAAAACCAACAACAAUGCCCUUGGCAUUCUCAUACCGCCAGCCAAAGCCUAAGGCAUCAAUGCUAACCUUUGAUUUGCUAGAGUCUUUGCCUGGCUUGCAUUGCAGUACUGCAGUUGAAGUUGUUUGAUCAAAAACAAGUUUUGUACCUUGGGGCCUUUUUCUUUUUUUUUUUUCUUUUUUUAAGUUCUACUCCCUUGAGUUGUAAAAUAUAUGGCUUUUGUAAAUUUAGGAAAAAAUAAGUGAGUGUGUACUAAGGAGUAAUUAGUACGGUUGAGUUUGUAGUAUGGUUAUUUUACGUUUUCAAAGGGAUCGACAAAGUAACCAAAAAGAAAAAUUCGAGAUUUUAUAGUACAAAAAAUGUAAUCAUGA